AUGUCGGACUUUUCUCAUGCGGUUAUUGGGGGAGGCGUUGUAGGGUUGGCAAUUGCUUCCAGACUAGCUCGGCGAUAUGGGCCUCGGGUCAUUUUGCUUGAAAAAAACGCCGAGACCGGCCAAGAAACAAGCUCCCGCAAUUCAGAGGUCAUUCAUGCUGGUAUCUACCACCCGGCCGAUUCUUUGCGAACCAAACUGUGUAUAAGGGGCCGCGAACUGACGUACGCAUUGGCCAAGAAGCGCAAUCUCCCGGUCAAGAAUUGCGGCAAGUGGGUGAUCGCGCAAGAUGAAGAGCAACUGGCUGUUUUGGAGGUAAUGAAGAAGCGCUCCGAGGUCACAGGUGUUCCUUUGAACUGGCUAGACCUUGACAAGGCCAAAGAAUUGGAACCCGCCAUCAUUGCUCGCAAGGCUAUCCUUGAGUCACCCACGACGGGUAUCAUGUCUGCUCAUGCGUUCAUGGAUUACCACAUUGCCAAAAUCCAGUCCUAUGAUGGUGAGCUAGUCACCCACACAAAGGUAACUGGAGUAAGCAAAGAGGCUGAAGGCUACAAGCUGACCUGUGAGACGCCCGAUGGCAUCACAGAAAUCACUGCCGACGCGGUAGUCAACUCGGCUGGGUUGUAUGCCGCCGAUGUCUCAAACAUGCUCUUGCCUAAAGAUCGACAAUUGAAGGCAUACUAUGGCAAAGGAUCCUACUUCAGCUACGCUCCUAGCCAGCCCAAGGUCAGUCGGCUUAUCUACCCUACCCCUAUCUCAUCGGUGGCUUUGGGUACUCAUUUGACUAUUGAUCUUGCCGGUCAGUUGAGAUUCGGUCCCGAUCUUGAGUGGGUUAGUUCACCUACUGACUUACAGGCAAGCACUCAAAACCUUGAGCAGGCUAAGAAGGACAUUGCCGAGUACAUUGAUCUCGACCUCGAUGCGCUUACCCCAGACUAUGCUGGAAUCCGUCCUAAAACAACUGACUCACAAGAGUUCCAGGACUUUACAAUUCGUCAGGAGAAAGGUUUCCCUGGGUUUAUCAAUCUUUUGAACGUCGAAAGCCCCGGGCUGACUUCUAGUAUGGCCAUUGCCGAGUACGUCGAGGAUCUGGUAGCUUGA